GUGGGGAGAUCCAGGGGUAGGAAUAACCAUCGCAGAGCCUCAGCUGAUGUUAUUGCAGUAAUAGGGAACUCAAGUCUAACAGAGAGGAGUCUCCUAUCCUUUUUCUCUCUGGGAAGAUUAAUCACCAUUCAAUUCCAUCUCUUUUUUUUUUAACCCCUUAAACUGACUCCUUCUCACCUGCCCUCUGAGUCCUGGACAAGCCAUUUGGGAUUAUUGCAACGAUUUUUGGGGGAAUUUGCAUUAGAUUCCAAAAGGUGAUGGUUGAGUGGUGUUGACCAGUAUUGUCGCAGAGAUGUGGAUGUUGUGGGUCUCCUUACUGUGGGUGUCUGUCUUCGCUCAGUGGGCCAGUGAAGCAUUACUCACCACCCACCCAGAUAUUCCAUGCCCUCGUUUAAACGAUGAUGGACGGAAAUUGCAGGGCCAGGAACAGUACGCUAAUGCUUCAGGCUUUAACCUGAUGAAAAGAUUCUCGCUCUUUAAGACUCCAGCGAUCAAGAAAAUCCGAACUUCAAAGGGUUCUUUAAUCGCAAAACUAGGAAAACUUCCUCUCUCCAAACCCACUGAGCAUGUGUUCCCACGAGGGCUACCACAGCAGUUCACCUUCACCGCUAUCCUGCUGCUGAAGAGGAAGACUCUGAGGGAGAACUGGUACCUCAUCAAGGUCGCAGAUCAGGAGGGUCUGACACAGUUUUCCGUGCGGGUUGACGGUCGGGACAAGACGGUGGAGUACAAAGCCCGGGGACGUUUCGAGGACUCUGUGCGCUGGGUGUUCGGCAGCGCUGGUGUGGCCACCAUGUUUGAUCUGCGGUGGCACAAGCUCGCCAUCAGCGUGCAGGGCAACAUGGCAUCCCUCUACCUCGACUGCAAGCUGAUCGCCAUCAAAUCGAUCGAGGAGAGGUCGAGUAUCAACACUGAGGGGAGAACCGUCAUCGCAGAGACAGCCGAGGGGGAGAAGCCGCUCGAGGUUGACAUCCAGCAGAUGAUUGUAUUUUGUGGCCCCUCCAUGGCCGAACUGGAGACCUGCUGUGAAAUACCAGGCGUUGGGUGUAAAACACGGAUUCCAAAGAGCAGACGGAACGCGGAGAAGAAGGUAGCUUUGGCAGACGCCACUCUUCAAGCCAGUGGGAAGGUGGAUCCAAAGUGUAAAUCGUGCAUCAAGGGGCCUUUGGGACAAAAUGAUGCAAGCAGCUUGAACAGACAGAAGAUUGAAAACUGCCUGUUGUGCCCACAAGGACAGAAAGGAGAGAAGGGACAGCCAGGUAGAGCAGGCGAAAUGGGACCUCCUGGAGACUCUGGUUUACUGGGAUCUCAGAACCCUCAGAAAGGUGAAAAGGGUGAUAUUGGGUCCCGAGGGUUGGCUGGGCUCCCAGGACGAGAUGGCAUACCGGGAGAGCGGUGUGUGACCGGACCAAAGGGUGCAAAGGGAAAUGUGGGAGCUGUUGGGCCUGAAGGUCUCGUGGGUGAGCAGGGACCUCCAGGACCUCCGGGAAUAGGAAUCCCGGGAAAACCAGGACUGCCUGGAGGACCACCCGGAACAAAAGGAGAGCAAGGAAACGAUGGGCAGUCAGGCACCCCUGGUGUCUCUGGAACUCCAGGUAAAGAUGGAAUCCCAGGGACAAAGGGAGAAAAGGGAGAUUCGUGUGGUGUUUGCCCCACCAUUCCAGAAGGAUUUGGACCAUCUGAAGUAUUUCCAGGAAAAGUAAGAAUCCCGGGUGGGCAUGGAGACCCUGGGAAGCCGGGCAAACCAGAUCCAACAGGAGCAUGGGGAGAAAAGGGAGACAAAGGACAGCCAGGUGUGAAGGGAGCGAAGGGUGACGCAUGCAAGACAUGUCCUACGCUGCCUAAUGGGCUCGCAAGCAAUGUGGGACUGCCUGGAGCUCCGGGAUCUAAGGGAGACCAAGGAACACCAGGAACAGGGAACCAUGGAAGGCCUGGCCAGCCAGGAGAGCGAGGAUUAGAGGGUGCAAAAGGAGAGAAGGGUAAUGCCGGGGAACAAGGACGCACAGGAAGAACCGGGAAGCGAGGCAAUUCAGGCUUAGCCGGACGAGAUGGGUCGAAGGGUGACAGAGGUGAUCGAGGGAACGAUGGUAAAGCAGGAACACAAGGAAUUAAAGGAGAAAAGGGGGAUGGAUGUACCGCAUGUUCACCAACCAACCUUCAUCCGAUUGGGAUCCAAAUAGGAGAACCAGGAAGGGAUACCCAUGAAAAGGGGAUGAAUCCUGUAGCUAUGAGUCAGAUUCAGAACCCGGGUUUACCGGGACCGCCUGGAGUGAGGGGAACAAAGGGAGACACCGGGGAACCGGGAGAAUCAGGAAUUCCGGGUCUCACAGGACUGUCAGGAAUUCCCGGGGAUCCAGGUAGACGAGGCCCACAAGGACUGAAAGGUCAAAAGGGAGAUCAAUGUGAGAUCUGCCCCACCAUUCCGGAAAAUUUUGCGGGUGUUAUCGGACUUCCCGGCAGACCAGGACCUCAGGGUGAUCCGGGGCAUCCUGGCAUCGGAGAGCCUGGCAAACAUGGUCUCCCAGGAAAGUCAGGAAUUCCAGGUUUACCAGGUACCAAGGGCGAGAAGGGCCUUCAGGGAACCUCGGGAGAAGGACAUCCAGGUCCCCGGGGAAAGGAUGGUUCAGUGGGACCCAAAGGAGCAGCUGGCAUUGCGGGAGUUCCAGGUGAUCCUGGAACGCGGGGGCUGAAAGGCAACAAAGGACAAGCUGGAGAACACGGCCUGCCAGGGCAUCCCGGGGCACCUGGAGUAGGAAUCCCUGGUAUCAGGGGAAAAGAUGGCCAGUCUGGCGAUCCAGGGUUACUGGGUAAAAGAGGUUUCCCUGGAGGAAAAGGAGGAAAAGGCGAGAAGGGAGAACGUGGCGAGUCUUGUGCAUGUUUACAUGGACGCCACAUUGAGCCAGCAACACCGAGCCAACCAGGAGACAUAGGGUAUCCCGGAGCCUCUCCAGGGGCACCCGGAGACCGAGGAUCACACACAAAGCGACCAAACAGUCAACAGUUACCGCUGGGACCCCCUGGUCCUCCAGGUCCCCCUGGGCCCCCGGGAUUGCCUGGCAUCCCAGGCCUUCAGGGAGUCGCAGGUGAUGAUGGAUUGCCCGGUACACCAGGCCUGCCCGGAGAGAUGCCGCCGCUGUCACUGGUCGCUGAGCGAAACCACACCCUGCUCAAGAAUAUAUGUGGAAACUGCACCUUCGGGCAGCCUGGGGCCCAGGGAGUGUCGGGGGUCAAAGUGGAGAAGGUAGAACAUGGCAUCCCAGGAGCAGCUGGUGUCGAUCAUUGUGAGAAGUGCAAACUGGAGCAGAGAGGGCUGCCGCGUACACAGGAACAGAGGGAAAAUGGCCGUGACUGUGCGCAGCCUGGGGCUCCUGGGAUGCCUGGACUCCCGGGUCAUGAUGGAGUCAAAGGCGAGCAAGGCCCCCCAGGUCUCCGAGGAUAUAUUGGCUCCCCUGGACCCCCGGGUCCCCCUGGCUUUCCUGGCUCUCCAGGCCCCCCGGCUUUACCUGGACUUCAAGGUGAGCGAGGGUUACCAGGGCUGUCCGGGCAGAAAGGAGAGCAGGGCCAACCAGGCUCCCCGGGGUACCCUGGAUCCGGAGGGCCUCCAGGAAUGCCGGGAAUGAAGGGAGAGCGUGGAGUCAGUGGUCCAAGUGGACAAACAGGAGCUUUGGGACCCCCUGGUUCUCCUGGUUCCCAGGGCCCAACUGGACCAGCGGGACUCAAAGGUGACCGUGGACUGCCUGGUUCUCAGGGGGAGAAGGGAGAUCAGGGAUUUCAAGGACAAGCGGGAUUUCCUGGUCAGCAGGGACCGAUUGGAUUCCCAGGAAAGUCUGGUCAGUCUGGGACUCCUGGACCUCCGGGCGAGAAGGGGAUUGGGGGAAAUCCGGGAGAAACGGGACCCACAGGUCCUCCAGGACGUUCCGGGCCGCCUGGAUUACAGGGCCCCCCAGGGAUGGAAGGUCUUGAAGGGAAAGACGGAAAGCCUGGGAUGCGGGGCGAGUUUGGUCCCCCAGGUCUACCAGGACUCCGUGGUCCUCCAGGUUUCAAAGGAAAACAUGGAAUGACCGGCCAGCCUGGACUCCGGGGAGAGCCAGGACCACCCGGUGCACCGGGGAGCCAGGGGCGGACAGGGUUUGAGGGGGAACCGGGGCCCCUGGGGCCAGCAGGACCUCCAGGGCUCCCCGGCCACAUUGGCUCUGCGGGAAAUCCAGGUCCAGCAGGACCAUCGGGACCAGCAGGUGUGGGAAUAAAGGGUGACCGUGGCUCAAAGGGAGAGCGAGGGCUGCCAGGUUUGGCUGGACUUCCAGGGCCACCUGGACUCUCCGGAUCAAUGGGCGAGCCCGGCAAUGAUGGGCCAGUGGGGAAAGAGGGGCAGUCUGGUAAACCUGGAGACUCAGGAUCACCUGGACCCAAGGGAGAUCCGGGAAGUCCAGGGGAUAAGGGUUCCCCAGGAGAGAGGGGGAAAUCUGGCAUGCAUGGGGGUCCGGGAAAGAGCGGCUCCAUGGGGCCAAUUGGACCCCGUGGUACUAAUGGAGAGAGAGGACUUCCCGGAUUGCCAGGGCCUUCAGGAGUACCUGGUGUGCAAGGAAUGCCAGGAACAGGGGCUGAGUCCAUUAACUUUGACGAGAUCAGGAGGAUGAUAAGACAGGAAGUUAUCAAAGUGUUUGAUGAAAGAAUGGCUUACUACCUAUCCCGAAUGCAGACUCCAUCAGAGAUAACAACCUCAGGCAGGCCAGGCACUCCUGGCAAACCAGGAAACCCUGGUAUCCCCGGGCCACCAGGACAGCCUGGAAUUCCAGGACAGAUCGGAAGAGAAGGACGUUCAGGGUUACCUGGGUCUAAAGGUGAACCUGGUGUGAAGGGUGAACGUGGGCAGCAGGGAAUAGGCAACAUGGGAGACUCGGGGCCCCCUGGGCCUCAAGGGUUGCCGGGACCCCCAGGAUAUGGUAAAAUGGGACCACCAGGGCCAGCGGGACAGCAGGGAAUUCCUGGCGUUCAAGGUCCUCUUGGCCAUCAAGGAUCGACGGGGAAAGAUGGUCGUUGUUUACCCUCUGAUUGCCUUAUGAGGGCUCCAGAGCCUUAUAACUCCAAGAAUUCAAAAGGACCUUCUUACUGGGACAAAUGAGACAUUUUAUUUU